AUUGCCUUUGGUGAGUUUCCACCAUUAUGGCGGAAGGGCCAGUCUCACGGAUGGACCGUCUCUCCCGUUCUGAUGCUUGUUUUGUGUCUUGAGGGAGGGGCUUUAUUUUUCUUUUGUACAUUUCCCUGCAACACAACGGUUUCUUUCCAACAAGCCCGUCCGGGCGUAUCUCAGCGAAGUCAUGGCAGACCGCGGGGUGGAUUUGUCCGCCCUGCCAAAGGAGGUUAGAGACCAGUUGGCGGAGUUGGAUCUGGAGCUGUCUGAAGGUGACAUCACGCAGAAGGGCUAUGAGAAGAAGAGAGCCAAGCUGUUGGCCUCCUACAUCUCCCUUUUGCCAAAUGUUGAUCUUUCUCUACCAGACGUACAGCUUACCCCAAGUCGUAGUGCCGCACUCACCCCAAGCCCAGAGGCCCCGGGGCCCUCCACCUCUACACCUACCAGAAACCAUCGUUCACACCGCAGUGGAGGGGCCAGGGAUGAGAGAUAUAGAUCAGACAUUCAUACAGAAGCUGUACAAGCAGCCCUCGCCAAACACAAAGAAGAGAAAAUGGCAUUACCCAUGCCAACCAAGAGACGCUCAGCAUUUGUCCAGUCUCCCAUAGAAAACUGCACACCUCCAGACACGUCCUCUGCAUCAGAGGAUGAGGGUUCACUUCGCAGAAAAGCAGCUCUCAGUGCAGCACUAGCGCAGAGCCUCCAGAGCCCUGAAUACUGGAUCAGCCGCUCCGUCCAGAGUUCGUCCACAUCCUCUUCAGCGUCGUCCACCCUCUCCCAUGGAGAGCCCAAGACCCAGCCCCAACCUCAGCCUGCUGUUUCCUUGUUAGCUGACGUGCUGGCACACACACGCAUGGAAAAUAGCGUUCCCCCUGAUGUGACAUCCUCAACUCCACAAGAAAGAGGAACCAGAGUGGACAUUCCUCCCCCAGUCAGAGGAAUGAGCCGCGGUCAGAGCCGCUCUAGCAUGCUGGAUACCGCUGAUGGAAAGAGAAAAGGCGUGCCUGUCAGCAGCAGGGUGUCCACCAAGAUCCAGCAGCUGCUGAACACACUCAAACGGCCCAAAAGACCACCACUCAGUGAAUUCUUCCUCGACGACUCUGAGGAAAUUGUUGAAGUUCCUCAGCUAGACCCCAACACCCCAAAACCAGAAGGACGUCAAAUCAUACCGGUGAAGGGGGAGCCCCUUGGGGUGGUCAGUAACUGGCCUCCCGCCCUGCAGGCAGCCCUUGCCCGAUGGGGGGCCACCCAAGCAAAGAGCCCGGCCCUAACUGCCCUGGAUAUUACUGGCAAACCCCUCUACACCCUCACAUAUGGAAAACUGUGGAGUCGAAGUCUAAAGUUGGCUUACACGCUAUUGAAUAAACUGGGCACCAAGGCUGAGCCCGUCCUACAACCUGGAGAUCGAGUGGCCUUGGUCUAUCCAAACAGUGAUCCUGGCAUGUUUUGGAUUGCAUUCUAUGGUUGUUUGUUAGCAGAGGUCAUCCCUGUGCCCAUUGAGGUCCCACUGUCACGGCAGGAUGCAGGCAGUCAGCAGAUUGGCUUCUUAUUGGGUAGUUGUGGUGUUAGUUUGGCUCUGACCAGUGAAGUUUGCCUUAAGGGGCUGCCAAAGACACAGAAUGGAGAGAUCAUACAGUUCAAAGGAUGGCCGAGAAUGAAAUGGGUUGUGACUGACACAAAAUACCUGACCAAGCCCUCCAAAGACUGGCAGCCUCACAUCCCCACUGCCAACACAGAUACUGCCUACAUAGAGUACAAAACGAGUAAGGAGGGAACCGUGAUGGGAGUGGCUGUGUCCAAAAUCUCUAUGUUGACCCACUGUCAAGCACUGACUCAAGCCUGCAACUACAGUGAAGGGGAGAAUCUGGUCAAUGUGUUGGACUGCAAGAAGGACAUGGGUUUAUGGCACGGGGUCCUAACGAGUGUAAUGAACAGAAUUCACACCAUCGCUGUGCCGUACGCUGUCAUGAAGGCCUGUCCCAUGUCUUGGGUGCAGAGGGUUCACAUUCACAAAGCACGUGUAGCCUUGGUGAAGUGCCGUGAUCUCCACUGGGCCAUGAUGGCCAACAAGGACCAAAAAGACUCCAACUUGUCCUCUAUUCGCAUGCUUAUAGUGGCGGAUGGAGCUAACCCAUGGUCUGUGUCAUCUUGUGACGCCUUCUUGAAUGUUUUCCAACCUCUUGGCCUCAAGCCUGAAGUCUUUUGUCCGUGUGCCACCUCCCCCGAGGCCCUGACCGUGGCAAUACGCAGACCUGGUGCACGGGGAGCUCCCCUGCCAGCGAGGGCCAUCCUGUCUAUGGGAGGCCUGAGUCAUGGGGUGAUCAGGGUCAACACAGAAGACAAGAACUCUGCUCUGACAGUGCAGGAUGUGGGCCAUAUUAUGCCUGGAGCUCUGAUGUGCAUUGUGAAACCAGACGGCUCUCCGCAGCUCUGCAAGACAGAUGAGAUUGGAGAGAUUGUGAUCAACUCUCGUGCUGGAGGCACCAUGUACUACGGCCUUCCUGGUGUCACUAAAAACACUUUUGAGGUGAUUCCUGUGAACCAGGCGGGAGCACCUAUUGGUGAAGUUCCCUUUACUCGGACGGGUUUGCUCGGAUUUGUGGGACCGGGAAGCCUUGUAUUUGUUGUUGGGAAAAACGAAGGCCUGCUGACUGUAAGUGGGCGCCGCCAUAGUGCAGAUGACCUGGUGGCCACAGCUUUGGCAGUAGAGCCUGUGAAAACAGUUUACAGAGGAAGGAUUGCUGUCUUCUCAGUGACAGUGUUUUAUGAUGAGAGGAUAGUGAUUGUGGCAGAGCAGAGGCCUGACGCUAGCGAGGAAGACAGCUUCCAGUGGAUGAGUCGAGUUCUCCAGGCCAUUGACAGCAUCCACCAGGUUGGCCUUUACUGCCUUGCUCUUGUCCCAGCCAACACCCUCCCAAAGACUCCCCUGGGAGGAAUCCAGAUUUAUGAAACCAAGCAGAACUUUUUGGAUGGAAAUUUGCACCCCUGCAACAUUUUAAUGUGCCCACACACCUGUGUCACAAACAUGCCCAAACCCCGCCAGAAACAACCAGUGGAUGUCGGCCCUGCUUCCAUGCUGGUGGGGAACUUGGUGGCAGGAAAGAGGAUCGCCCAGGCGAUCGGCAGAGAGCUGGGUACGGUGGAAGACCAGGAUCUGAUUCGAAAGCUCUGUAUGUGGCCCACCAUGAUGCACCAGUUCCUGUCUGAAGCGCUGCAAUGGCGAGCCCAAACUGAUCCCGAUCAUGUCCUUUAUGUGCUGCUUAAUGCCAAGGGGGUGCCAGUGUGCACAGCCACCUGCGCACAGCUUCACAAGAGAGCUGAGAAAAUCACAGCAACCCUGAUGGAAAGAGGAGGUCUUAACACAGGAGACAACGUGGUGCUGCUUUAUCCCCCAGGUAUUGACCUGAUAGCUGCCUUCUAUGGCUGCCUCUAUGCUGGGGUCAUCCCUGUGACAGUGAGGCCGCCCCACCCUCAGAAUCUGGCUGCUACUCUUCCCACUGUUCGAAUGAUCAUCGAUGUGAGUAAAGCAGCCUGCAUCCUCACUACUCAGCCUCUCAUGAGGAUCCUCAGGUCCAGAGAGGCAGCUGCCAGCGUCAACGUCAAGACGUGGCCAACAAUCAUAGACACAGAUGAUCUCCCCAGGAAAAGGCCCCCGCAAAUCUACAAACCCCCCACAGCAGAGAUGCUGGCCUACUUGGAUUUCAGCGUUUCCACUACAGGGAUGCUGACUGGAGUCAAGAUGUCUCAUGCAGCCGUCAGCACUCUCUGCCGCUCCAUUAAGCUGCAGUGUGAGCUUUACUCAUCACGUCAAAUAGCCAUCUGCUUGGACCCCUACUGUGGCCUGGGCUUUGUCCUGUGGUGCCUCUCUAGUGUCUACUCAGGUCACCAGUCCAUCCUUAUUCCUCCCAUGGAGCUGGAGAGCUCGCUGGCGGUGUGGUUGAGCACGCUCAGUCAGUACAAGAUCAGAGACACCUUCUGCUCCUAUUCGGUCAUGGAGCUCUGCACUAAAGGCCUGGGUACCCAGACGGAGAUGCUCAAGACACGAGGUCUGAAUCUGUCCUGCGUACGGAGCUGCGUGGUCAUCGCAGAGGAGCGACCUCGCCUGGCUCUUUCUCAGUCUUUCUCCAAACUCUUUAAAGAUCUCGGCUUGUCGCCGCGGGCGGUCAGCACCGCCUUCGGCUCCAGGGUCAACCUGGCCAUCUGCCUGCAGGGCACAGCUGGACCGGACCCCUCCACUGUCUAUGUGGAUAUGAAGUCCUUGCGUCAUGACAGGGUGAGGCUAGUGGAAAGGGGGGCACCACAGAGUAUUCCACUUAUGGAGUCAGGCACUAUUCUGCCUGGAGUCAGGGUCAUCAUAGUCAACCCAGAAACCAAAGGUCCACUGGGAGAUUCACACCUGGGGGAGAUCUGGGUGAACUCCCCUCACAACGCCAGCGGCUACUACACCAUCUAUGGGGAGGAGAGCCUGCAGGCGGACCACUUCAAUACCAAACUCAGCUUUGGAGAUCCCCAGACUCUGUGGGCCAGAACCGGGUAUCUGGGCUUCAUCAAGAGAACGGAGCUGCUGGAUGCAAGUGGAGAUCGCCAUGAUGCCUUGUUUGUGGUGGGCUCUCUGGAUGAAACGUUGGAGUUGAGGGGUUUGCGUUACCACCCCAUUGAUAUUGAGACUUCUGUGUCCCGAGCCCACCGCAGCAUUGCUGAGAGUGCUGUGUUUACAUGGACCAACCUGCUGGUGGUGGUGGCAGAGCUGAGUGGGUCAGAGCAGGAAGCGUUGGACCUGGUGCCGCUUGUAACCAACGUGGUCCUGGAGGAGCACCAUCUCAUUGUGGGGGUGGUGGUCAUCGUGGACCCCGGUGUGAUCCCCAUCAACUCCAGGGGGGAGAAGCAGAGAAUGCACCUGCGAGACUCCUUCCUGGCGGACCAACUGGACCCCAUUUACGUGGCCUACAACAUGUGAACACAUUUCAGAAACUGAUGCAGAAAGCUGAGCCGAGCUCUGAAAACAGACGAGGGGAGAGGCACGGGGGUCUGAAGAGUCACACCGCUGAUGUUACGCCUCCAACACACGGUGAGACCACACCGCGUUGGAAUGUGAGGACUUUCACGACAUGCUUCCCUCUCAAAAAUUGUUCCUUCUUUGCUUCCACCCACUCGAUUGCUGCACUCCAGGCUCUAUAACGGCUUGAGAUUAGACAAAACCUGCAAGUUGAAGAAAUCCAUUCCACUUCUACAUCAGCUGUCCUGAGCAUGUUUUUAAAGACUUGUUUUUCCAAAAGGAAACCCCCCCUAAAUCCCCUUUUCUUCAUCCUGACCCCAAUAACUUAGUGUUUUUAGUUUCAUUUCAGUUCUGAAGGGCAGGGUUGCGCACUGGAACUUCUUGCUUCCCUUGCACUUAAUGCCCUCGUCCAUCCGAUUCCACCCUCUGCCCCUCUCAUCCCUCCCACCUCCUCUGCUGCUUUCACAAAAGGAAAUCCACAUCAGUAUUAAAGUGCCACCAGCGACCACAGGCCCACAGUGGCGGUCCUGACUUUAUCUUCCUACCAGGUGCACAGUGGUUCUCACCUCCAGUCAGAUACUGUAAUUGUCAGAAGACUUGGUGUCAACAUUCACACUUUUGAGAAACAAUCUUAAAAAAAAUAAUCCUUACUUGCUGUGGGACUCAAGCACAUCCAAACCUAGAGAGUAAAGACAAAACGGAUUCCUUGUUUUUGGUGCAAAUAGAAGUUGCUGAGUUAGUUAGAAUGUAUGAUUGUGGUAGUGAUAAUAACUUUAUCAUACGAGGAUCUGCAGGUGUGCAUGUUACUAAUUGAGAGUGCAAUUGAUUUCUACUAGUAAGCUAAUAAGAAGAAACAAAUGGGGAAAAAACAUCAGUAUGAAUUGGUUGCAGCACUGGAUCAGCUGUUGGCUAGUCAGAAAUGAAUACCUGGUGUAAUUUGACCCACCUGGACGAUGGUAAUUAGGGCAGUUUUUCUUUUUAAUGGACAUUUUGCAAGUUUCUACGUUUUAAUUUUUAAAAAUGUUCUAAUCAACCCAGCUGGUUAAAGCCUCUGGUUACACCUGGACAUCAACAUGCUCCUCUGUGAUUCUAUUCAAAGAGAAAAACUUUAUGCACACCAAUUCAACAAACAUGUCUGCAUCAGUGGGUUUGCACACUUCUUUUGAUAAAUCCCUAAAAUGUGAUACUAUGGUUUCUAAUAGUUACAUGUCUAAUUUAAGUCCUCUGCGUGAGGCUCUACUGCAUUAUUUAUUAGGCAGCAGAUAAGUAAGAAACCCCAUCAAUUCACCAGGUAAAGUAUUUAUUGUGUAGAAAAAAAAAACUGCUGUAAGAGAAGAUUUAAGAACCAGCAGCUUGUUUUGGGGGGACUAAAACUCAAAGUUUUAGUUUUAUUGUGUUUACAGCAUUAGUUCUUAGAGAGCGUUAGGUUUUAUGUAAAUGAGUCAUCCAGCAUCUGCUAACUCCACCUCAUUCACAUUUUGAUGGGAUCCUAUCUGCAGACCUGAACUGCACGGUAACAUUGGAAUCACUGAAGAUGCAUGUUAAUAUCAGGUGUAAAGAGGACCAAAGAAAAUCUGUUUUCGUCAUAUUCCAGUGUCAGAUUAGUCUCUGUGUGACCAUCAUUCUGAAAACACAUAGUUGCUUGUUAGAGAUCAUAAACCUUGAAAGUGCAAACAGUUUGCAGCUGGACUGUUCCUUGUUUUAGAUGUCAAAAACAAGCAUCAUGAUCACGUAAUUUUCCCCGUUUUAACAUUCAGAUGGAUCAACGUAAACGGCCCUACAUUUCUGGAGACGCAUUCAAAGCGGCACUGUGUGUCAGUAAACCAUCCUUGUUGGUUAUGAGAAACAUUUCGUAGGCGUUUCUUCUCCUGCAGAUCCUAUGCACACCUCUGUAACUGCAUCGGACUUUUAUGAGAGGCACAACCUGUCAGCGCCGCUGGCAUUCCAUGUUGAUGUUCGUGAACAUAAAGGUUAGCACAAAUUCAGCAUAAAUCUGUGAAUAUCUUCAAAGGACAAAGUAGAAGUAUGUGGACCUGAAGUUUCUUUAUGAUUGACCAUCUUCAAAAAAAAAAACCUGCUAGAUUUCAGACUGUACAGAGUUUCUAUUGUUAAGUUUCAUAACUUUGCAGUACUCGUAUCAAAAGAAGGCAGGUCAGUGCCUUUCACCUUGAAGACAUUCAUGGUUAUGAUCUGUUGAUUAAAAAAAAAAAAAAAGAAAUUAAAUAAGUGAGGAGAGAACUUUGCCUUAUUUAACUUGUGGAACUUAUAUUGCCAUUUCAAACUCUUCACUUUGAAUGUUUGAGAAAUUAAACACAAAGUUCAAACUCAACUUUAAACCUAAGAUUCAAAAUGUGUCUUACGUUUAAGUUUUAAGUUGUCUCAUGUUUUUGAUUUGAACAUUUUCCGUGUCCUUCUGGAUAUCUAACACUGAAAACAAAAAGAUACACGAGGAACAAUCGAUGAGAAACCUGUGAAGUAGAAAAAAAACUCAAAUCCACUUGAAAAGGCAGUACAAUAAAAGAAAUGAGGGUAAAACAAUGUAAAUACUGUAUUACUAGUGUGACUGUACAUGGAAAUGGAGUCUAUAGAUAAAAACUUGACAGAUUUUUCAUACUUGACACAAUUUUUUUGCAUGUUUAUUUUCCGCAUCCUUUUGCUAAAGAGGUUAGUGGGGCAAAAUCAAUUUGCACUUUCUCCAAAUCAUUUUAUGUAUGUGUGUGUCCAUAAGGGAAUACAUGUGGGCAUGCAGGCUCUCAGUUUGACAGACAUUUGGCUUUUUAUGGUGAAACGAGCUUUGUGUUUUGUAAGAACCAGAAAAUAUCAAGACCCUUUUUUCUUUUUGUAUUACUUCCCGUUUUUUAUGUCGCCUCCACUGUAUUGUAUUCUCCCCAUGCAGGAUUAGUAUUUAAUAUAUUUUAUAGGAUUCUCAUCAAUAUUUUCCUGAUGUAAUUUGCAUUUGGAGCUGCACAACUCUGGCAAACGGCUGGCUUCAUUUGGAAGCCGUUUGUCGUUCAGUGGAAAACACUGAGGACUUGUAUGCGAGCCAGUAAGUUAGCCGUGUGGUAAUUGCUUUGUCGCUACCGUUUCACUUCACUUUUAAUAAAGUUUUCUAAUUUCAUCUUGGCUUUUGAGCCUUUUUUAACAGACAUUGGUGCUAUUCAAUAAUGGACUGUUGACAGAUUUUGUCCUCCAAUGUCAUCUACAGAAAAGGUUUCUUCCUGGAUGGCUUUUGUUUUGUGUGAAAAGAAUUCUUUUCCUCGAUUCUCAUCCCCUUGAAUCUUAAAUAACUCCUAAUCAGCCUUAUAUGGUAAAAAGUCUCUUGAGCAGGAAACCGUGACAACCAAACAUAUCCUACCUUUAACUUCAGUUUUGAACUUGUGAUGUGAGAAACCUUCAAACCUCUGCUGUUUUCUAAGCACAAAAAUACCCGUAAAUGUGAGGUAAUGACGAAGGAAGCUUUCUCACAGACACAAUAACUCAAGGGCCACAGUUUAUACCUCUGCAACUGUCUGUUCGCUAUGCAUCUCCAAACUGCAACAAAGUCACUCUGGACUCGACAAUGGUGCGAUAUCCUGUCUUGACGACAACACUGUCACACUGUCAUUGGAUGUGUCAACUAAUGUCAAAUGUUAUGUCAAAUAAAAAGAAAUCCUUUGUCAGAA